CAAGAAACAAGGAAAAUAAAAUAAAAUAAAAAUCUUCACCAAAUAUAUGCCAGAAUUUUUUCUAAAGUUGAUCAAUCCUUCCAAGAAAAAAAAAUUUUGGCAACCCAAAAAAAAAAAAUCCUUCCCCAAAUCUGCACCUCCUCUCAUCUUACAUCUUCGUCUUCAUCUCCAUCUUCGUCUUCAUUAUUUAUAAUCUUAAAUCUCUAUACAGUUUCUCUUUCUUUCUCCGUCUCUUUGUGUGCUUCACAGCUACAAAGUUCUAACAUUUAAAUCGCCGUACUUGGAGGAGCUACCGGUUUCUCAUUCCUAAAUUUUCUAAGGAGAUCUGAAAGUUUUAGUUUUUUUGGAUCGAUUCCAUCAUCACCAUAAUCCGAUCAUCGUUCCUUUGUGUUACGUAAAGAAGUUCACUGAAAAGAAAAAGACUUUCUUACUCUUUUGUAUGGAGUAAGAAUGCCAGAGUUAAGAAGUGGAGCACGUAGAUUGAGACAACCUAGCCCUCAGGUGAUUGAUCAGGCAGAAAACAUUGAACUUCCUCCUCAAACUGUAACAAGGAGAAGAGGUGGUGGUGGGAGAGGAAGAGGAACCGCUGCAGCUUUAGCCAAAGGCGCUGCACCUCCAAGACCAGCCGGUGCUGCUGGUAGGGGUCGAGGCAUCAGGUUAAUAGAUUUAGAGGCUGAACCUUGUGAGGCUCGUCCAGCAGUAGGUGAAGCUGCUUUUAAUCAAGCUGAAGGGGCAGCUGAUAAGGAUAUCGCUAUGGAAGGUGGUAGCGCGGAGAAAAUAGUUGGUGUGGAAGAAGAUUCCAGCACAGCUCCAGUCCCUGAAAGGGUACAAGUUGGGAAUUCUCCUGUUUAUAAGACUGAGAGGAAACUCGGUAAAGGAGGCUUUGGUCAAGUUUUUGUCGGUAGAAGGGUGAGUGGUGGCAGCGAUAGGAUUGGGGCAGAUGCAAUUGAGGUGGCUCUGAAAUUUGAGCACCGAAAUAGCAAAGGAUGCAAUUUUGGCCCACCUUACGAGUGGCAAGUGUACAAUACGCUCAACGGUUGCUAUGGAGUUCCUGCAGUACAUCAUAAGGGUCGUCAAGGAGAUUUUUACAUCCUUGUUAUGGACAUGCUUGGUCCGAGCCUUUGGGAUGUUUGGAAUUCUUCGGGGCAAUCGAUGUCUCCAAACAUGGUAGCAUGCAUCGCAGUUGAGUCCAUAUCUAUUCUUGAGAAACUUCAUAUGAAAGGGUUUGUCCAUGGAGAUGUGAAGCCCGAAAACUUUUUACUCGGUCAACCUGGAACAGCAGAUGAGAAAAAACUCUACCUUAUCGAUCUUGGUCUAGCAUCAAAAUGGAAAGAUUCGUACUCAGGCCAGCAUGUUGAAUAUGAUCAAAGACCUGAUGUGUUCAGGGGAACAAUAAGGUAUGCAAGUGUUCAUGCACAUCUAGGUCGUACUGGAAGUCGGAGAGAUGAUCUGGAGUCGUUGGCUUAUACUUUAAUUUUUCUCCUGAAGGGAAGAUUGCCAUGGCAAGGUUACCAGGGUGAUAACAAGAGCUUUCUUGUUUGCAAGAAAAAGAUGUCAACUUCUCCUGAAUUGAUGUGCUGUUUUUGUCCACCACCGUUUAAGCUAUUCCUCGAAGCAGUUACAAAUAUGAAGUUUGACGAGGAGCCCAACUAUGCGAAGCUUAUUUCGAUUUUCGAUACUCUGAUUGAGCCGUGCGCUCUAUCUAGACCAGUUAGAAUUGAUGGGGCUCUGAAGGUUGGGCAAAAACGAGGAAGAUUACUUCUAAAUUUGGAAGAGGAUGAACAGCCGAAGAAGAAAAUCAGGAUAGGCAGUCCUGCUAGUCAAUGGAUUUCAGUCUAUAACGCUCGUCGUCCCAUGAAACAAAGAUAUCACUACAAUGUUGCAGACUCAAGGCUGCACCAGCAUGUACAGAAGGGCAAUGAAGAUGGCCUUUUGAUUAGCUGUGUAGCAUCAGCAGCUAACCUUUGGGCCCUCAUCAUGGAUGCUGGAACUGGAUUUACCUCUCAAGUUUAUGAAUUGUCAACGGUCUUCCUGCACAAGGACUGGAUUAUGGAGCAAUGGGAAAAGAACUACUAUAUAAGUUCCAUAGCUGGUGCAGAUAACGGGAGCUCGUUAGUUGUUAUGUCAAAAGGAACUUCUUAUACACAGCAAUCUUACAAAGUGAGCGACUCAUUUCCUUUCAAGUGGAUAAAUAAGAAAUGGAAAGAAGAUUUUCAUGUAACCUCCAUGACAACUGCUGGAAAUCGUUGGGGUGUGGUAAUGUCGAGGAACUCUGGUUUCUCUGAGCAGGUGGUGGAGCUUGACUUUUUGUACCCAAGCGAUGGAAUACAUAGGAGGUGGGAGAGUGGGUAUAGAAUAACAUCAAUGGCAGCAACUGCAGAUCAAGCAGCUUUCAUAUUGAGCAUACCAAAACGUAAAAUGAUGGAUGAAACUCAAGAGACUCUUCGCACCACUGCCUUUCCAAGCACACACGUCAAGGACAAAUGGGCGAAAAAUCUGUACAUUGCAUCAAUAUGUUAUGGCAGGACAGUGUGCUGAUACACAGACUUACCAUCAUAUGUUCUGUGAGAAAGCCAAAAGACAAGUGGAGCUGAAGGGUGUCAUAAUACAGUGAAACCAGACGUUACCUGUUCGUUGAAAUGUAAUGUAAUGGAUGUGUCGUGGUGGUAUGUAUGUACGGGUACAAAAAGAUAGAAAAGAGAAGCUGGAAUUAGUAAUAGAAAGAUUUGAGGGCUUUUUAAGCCUUCAAAGUGUGUGCUUAUUUAUUGCUAUCAUUUGCGUUGUUUAAUGAGUCUCGAGGUUUGUUGUU